GGCUCUGAGGGCGCGGGGGGCGACGCGGCGCUUUUUGGCGGCGCUGUGGGGUCGGACUCCGGGCGCCGCGGCCAUGUCAGCAGAUGCUCACUGGUUGACAGCAGAGGAGAGGAAACAAGUUAUACUUGACCUCAAAGCAGCAGGAUGGUCGGAAUUAAGUGAGAGAGAUGCCAUCUACAAAGAGUUCUCUUUCAAAAAUUUUAAUCAGGCAUUUGGCUUUAUGUCCCGAGUUGCCCUACAAGCAGAGAAAAUGAAUCAUCACCCGGAAUGGUUCAACGUGUACAACAAGGUCCAGAUAACUCUUACCUCUCAUGACUGUGGUGGACUGACCAAAAGAGAUGUGAAACUGGCCAAGUUUAUAGAAAAAGCAGCUGCUUCUCUGUGAUUUCUUCCAAAAUUGCCAGUUACUUGGGACUACUAAAGGGAUGACUCUUGGCCAGAAGACCUGAGUCACCAAGCUGCUAUGCCUCUGACUGCUGAUUUUCCUGGCUGUGUACAGCUGAGGUAGUGCCGCCCAAGUCGGGCAGAGUGUGCUUCGCUGCUGAAGGGCAGAAGAAAUGCUCCUUUGGCUUCUCGUGCCAGGAUGCCCACCUCUCCGUGAGAAGAUCUGGACGGUUUCAUGAAGCCCUGGAUAAGCUCAUCACCUCUGAUUCCACUCACCAGCCAGAGUUCCACUUGCAGGCUAGAUGUCUUCAUCAGUGACUUCAGAAACCUCAGCACACUAGAACAACUGGGCUCUUCUCUGCUGCUCUCAGCUGGCCAUCUUUCCUCACCCCUCUAAGCAGAAUGAAGAAUUUUUUACAUUCUUAAUCUUUUCAUUUCUCCCCAAAGCAUGCUUUGGUGCUUAAAGAGGGAAGGUAUAGAAGUGUACCAUUGGGGUUCCUGGACCAGGAAUCUCACUAUGCUCAGCUACUUGAGUGAGCAUAAGGAUCCCUGGAGCCAUUCAUUUGUGUAUUGAUACAACACACACUUUCCGAGGGCCUUCUGUAUGCCCCUGGCGGGAUUAGGCACACUGAUGUAUUGGGGCAGGUGGAGACAGAGAUGGAGAACUGAUUCAGGCUCUCUCUGAGCAGCUGCUCCAGGAGGCCACUGCAGGGAUUUUGGGCAGGAGCCCAGAAGGUGUUGGGGAGGGGGGCGGGGAUGUGACCAAAGGAGGCAGUAGGGAGUACUGGAGAGAGAGAGAAUAUAGAGUGAGAAGAUGGGACUAAAGUUUGAAUCUUCGGGAAAUUAAUCAAAGUGAUUUUUAAAGCUUGGCUGUUGAUGAUUUUAAAUGAAGAAAUUGAGUAAAUAAGAUGUUAUUUCCCAUUUCAGUAUAUUGGUUGACUACAAGAGUAUUUUCUUACCAGAAAUAGUCAUACACAAUUAUUUUAGAACACCCGGGACAACAGCAGUGGUGGGCGGUUGCCUUCUUUUCUUAUGGCUCAAGUACUUAGGUUUCCAGGAAUUUGAUCAAUUUAGCCACUAAAGAUUUAGUACAACACAGGCCUUGAAAAGCAAAGGAUUUAGGAAAAAGAGAGCAAGGUGAAUAUAUUAUUCCCAAGAAUUACACAGAGUAAAAAUCUGUAUUAUUUUUGCACCUAAAACAUCUCUACCUUAUACUCAUCCCUUACACUCUGUUUAGGUGAGCAUAUGUGCACAUUCCAGGCCAGUAUUGGGCUUGGGUAACCUCUGCUCCUUUUGUUCUUUUAGCUCCAAACCCAUCAAAAUCUUUUCUUGUCUUUCCAGCUGUUUCCAGUGCUAUGUCCUGGGUGUGUGCUUUUGCUCUUAGAAUCUCAGAGAAUCUUGUUUUCCCCUCUCCUACAUCCUUAUUCUUGUAUGUUAUUAAAGGCCUUUGUCUGUCAGAUGAAGGCACUUCUUGAAGAAUGAGGGGCUUUUGCCUGGCUUAUCUCUGGUGUCUCUUAGUUUUAGCUUGGAGCUUCACAAUUGUGGGGUGCUCAUAACCCUUAUGCCGAACUGACAUUCUCAUUCUCCCUGGGAAAAGAAGUUCUGUGCAUAGAUCAGCUAGGGAGCUCUCCCUUCCAGGGGCAGGCAGGCUGGUAAGUACUGGAAUGCCCAAGAGUGACUUCAUAAAGCAAGGAUUCCCUUCAUGGACCCUUCUCUGCCGCCUCUAGAAUCUAGACAUCGAGGAAAUCCCUAAGCAGAGAUUUUCUGUUGGAUGAUAAAAGCAAGGAGAACAAAUCGAAAAUUUGGAAAAUGUCUCAACACUUUUAUCACCAGCCCCGCUCAAGAGUCAUGACUAAUUCACAGUUGGACAGUGCAUCGUUGAUGUUCUGUGCAAAAUUCGGGACAUUUCAGUAAAUAUUGUUAUUUCUAUUGCCUGUUAAGAAAUGUGCAAAUGGCAGUGUGGGUCCAGGGUGCCAGUGUUUUGUCAGCCUCUUCUCAUAGACACUCAUCCACUUCUCAAAUUGACGUGUGUGUCCUUGAUAAUUUUGAUUUCUAACUGGUGAGGUUGGUGAAGGCUCAGCCAAACGUUUUGCUUCUUUGGCUCUAAUAUCAUGACUGGCUGGUUAAGACAGACAUUCAGUCUUGCUCUUAUUUGACCUGUAGACUGAAUGACUAGUUUGACUUUGUUUUGUCCUUUUUUGUUAAUUACUGUGUGAGAUAACUUGAAGGCUUUUUUUUUUUUUUUAGUAGCAGACCCUAUCUCAAAUCAGAUAAUGAAAAUCAUACAUCUUGUUUUCAUAGAUUAUAAAAAUAUAUACAUUCUAUAUUUUUUUGCUGUUAUGAGAAUGUUCAUUUGUUAUGUAUAAUGGGAAAAAAGCAAUACUCUGAGAAAAAUUGCAAAGCACAGAUAAACAGGAAAAAGAAUCACUUAUAAUCUCAACACUUAGUAUUUUGGCAUAUUUCCUGCCAAGUAUUUAUUCUUCUACCCGUUUUUGUACAGUUGAGAUAAUUUUGAGUAGAGAAUUUUGUGUCUUAUUUUGUUUUUGUGUUUUGCAAUCCAAUGGAUCUAAGCAUUUCUCUAAGUUAUGAAAACUGCAUAGACAUUUUUAGUAUCUUCAUACUAUUCCAUGAGAUGGAUAUGCUAUAAUUUACUUAACCAGUCUUUUUUGUUAGACUUUUAAAUUGUUUCUAAGUUCUCACUACUGUAAAUAAUGUUGGGAUAAACACAUCUGGCCCAAGUCACUGUUUGCAUUUCAGAUUGUAUUCUCUUUGGUCCAAGGAUAUGAACAGUUCCAAGGUUUUUCAGAAAAGUCUAUCAAUUUACAUCUCCCCGGAAGUUUAUGAGAAUGCUCCAUCACACUACAGUAUUGCCAGCAUUGAUUAUUAUUAUGUUUAAGUCUUUGCUGAUUUUUAUAAGCAAAAAGAGUAGUUUUACUUAAUUUUCAUUUCUCUGACUUGUAGUGUUAGUGAAUAUUUUGGGGGAAAUUCAUUGCCAUUCGUAUUUCUUUUCUGAGUUGACUGUGUUUACCCAUUUUUUAAAAAAGUGUGUGUGUGUUUUUAAAUGAUUUGUAAGCACUUGUCUGGGUGAUUAUUUGAUUAUUAUCCAUUUUUCUUACUAGACUAACGAUAUUUAGUUUUGCUUACAUAUAUCCCCAGUGCCCACUAUAAUGCCUGGCAUGUAGUCAUCACUGAAUAAAAACUUUUGAAUGAGCAAUGAAUGAGUUGAAUAGUAGUCACUCAAUAAAAAUUUAUUGAAUGCGUAUGUGAA